AGUUAUGAAUGAAAUAUUACUCUUUCCACUAAAUAUUGUUCCAGAUGUUGACAAUUGUAUUGAGUAGUUGUAGGUAGUAACUUGUUUUAGUGCCCAGUAAGUACUUUAAUAAAAGUUUUCGUAAGAAAAAUUGCAUAUUUUAAACAUUAGUUUCUUUGUUUCACGAAAGAAUGUUUGGACUCAAUUUUAGUUAUUACUGCGAUUGUUGAAGUGUUUAUUGUGAUUAUGGAAAUCAAUUGGUAUUCAAUCUUUGUUUAAUAAUAUUAUUUCAUUGAUAGAAGUACGUUAUUAAUCGUAUCAGUUAAAAUGCCAGAUUCAUGGGGAAGUUUCAUGAACAAACCAGCUAGAGGUUGGUUACAUCCAGACAAUGUUAUUACGAGAAGUAGUGUUUGUUAUGAAGUUCGAUAUAUUGGUUGUUUGGAAGUACUGACAUCUAUGAAAAGUUUGGAUUUCGAUACACGAUUUUUAGUAGCCAAGGAAUGUAUAAAUAAAGUUUGUGAAGCAGCUGGACUUAAAACUGCCGACAAAAAACGAAAAGUGGAUAAAAAAAUUUUAAGACUUAUUGGUGAUCAUUCAAUUAUGGAUCAUGCAGGAUCAAAUGUUACCUUGUCUAUAUCUAGCACGUGUUUGACAUUAAAACUUAGGGAUUCACAUGCAGUAAUUUCUACACAUGAUAUGCCUAGGAUAUCAUUUGCAUCUGGAGGCGAUGCUGACACAAUAGACUUUGUUGCAUUUGUAGCAAAAGACAUAAAAGACUGGCGUGCAUGUUAUGUGUUGGAAUGUGGAGAAGGCGAGUUAGCACAAGAUGUUAUUACAACUAUUGGCCAAGCCUUUGAUUUACGUUUUAAACAAUUUUUAACAAAACCUGCACCAGUUCUAAGCUCAAGCACACGUGAUGAGCGAGAAUAUUAUAAUGAUUUACCAGGAAAAUCUCCUCCAGAAACUGGUCCACCACCUGUACCACCUCUUCCUUCAUAUCAUGAUCAUCGUAGUAGAGAAAGACUAGUCUCGAAUAACCUAAUAGAUCUGAAUUGUGAAGCACCUCCACCACCUGUACCACAUCCUGCUCAUAACUAUGUUAAUGAUUUUGUAGUUGGAAAUAAAAACCACAACUCACAACCUCGUGAUGUAUUUGAUAUGCAACCUUUUGUGGAUCAUGAACCUCUUCCAGUAAUGGCACCAAAAUUACAAGAUGAGAUUUGGUUUCAUGGUAGCAUUACUAGACAGCAUGCUGAAGCAUUACUAAAACAUGAUGGUGAUUUUCUAGUAAGAGAAUCACAAGGAUCUCCUGGACAAUAUGUAUUAACUGGUCUUCAAGGAGAUGUUAAGAAACACUUACUUUUAAUUGAUCCAGAAGGCGCAGUUAGAACUAAAGAUCGUAUGUUUGAAAGUGUCAGUCAUUUGGUAAACUACCAUAGUGAAAACAAAUUGCCCAUUAUGUCAGCUGAAAGUGCUCUCAUUUUAAGAUAUCCAGUACCACGAACUAGAUUUUAAUAGCUUUAUUUAAUUUAAUCCAUUCCAAUUACCAAACAAACAUUAAUAUGAAUAUUUGAAUGUUUAAAUACUAAUAUAUAAAUAUAUUUAUUUAUACAUUGAAUAGUAUAAUGAUGUUGACAAUAGCAUUCAUACUCAUUGAUUUGUAUGCAUCAACCAGUGGAGUUUUUCAGUUUUUAUUUACCUAUUUAAAUUAUUAAUUAUUAAAUGUCAUAAAGUUAAAUUUUAUGAUAAUGUAAUGUUUACCAAUUCACAUACCUACCUUUCUUAACAUAAAUA